UUUGCUUUUUUCUAGGAUUUAUUUCCUCUGAAAAACGCAUUGACAAUGGAAUGUGAGCUAAAUAAUCGGGAAGCGUUAAAGCAGCUGCUGGAUGCGAUUCGUCGAGAAUCCAAGGAUAUUCCCGCUCCUGUCGAAGUUCCCAAGGUCACCGUCAAUGAAUCCUUUUGUCAUCGAAUGGAGUUAGAAGAAGGGAUUCCUGAAGAAUCCAUGGAUGUUCAGGCCCCGGUUGAACCUCAGAAGCUUUCAGUCAUUGAAUCCUCAUGUCUCCGAAUGGAAAUGGAAGAAGUGAUUUGUCGGGAAUCCAAGAAUGUCCCCGCACCCGUCGAAGUUCCCGAAGUCGAAGAAUCCUCGUGUCACGGAGGGGAGGUACAAGGCACAGUUUCUCAGGAAUCCAUGGAUGUUCAGGCUCCGGUUGAAGUUCCGAAGGUUCCAGUCGUUGAAUCCUCAUGUCCGCGAAGCGAGCUAUCAAAUCUCUUGACGAAAAUAUCGUCUGUGGCGUCCAAGCAAACGAAGGUAUCAAAUCUCCUUACAAAAACAUCUUCGGUGACGUCCGAACAAACCAAGUCAGUCCGUGCGGAGAACAAACGACUUCCAGAAGGUCAUGGGUUUUGGGACUGCUACAGGUCCUCUCUAGUCUUGAACAGAGCUUUAACCCACGACGUACCCGGGGUACAUUCUGUCGCUCCAUUCCGUGCUUGUCCUAUGAGAAAACAUGACAGUUUUGCUCCUAAUGAUUGUUCCGGAAGGUUAGAUGCCUCCGACCUGCGGAAGAACGCAAUUAAAUGGAUUUUGAUGAACAAUAUGUUACCUGGGAAGGCAUUAUCAAUGAAUGGACCGUUUGAGAAUCAAGAGGAAUUGGAGGAUGUUGAAAAAUGUCAUUCCCGCGUAGAGUUAGAUGCUUCGAUGCCAGAGGAUUGUACUUUGGAAGUGGAUUCAUUGGUCGCUGAGAGGUCGGACCACCGGGCUUCAAGGGACAAAGAACCACUUCACAAUCAUCCUCAGAAAAAAGUCAGCGUUGAACUGCUGCGUGCAUCCGACCUCGUUUCCCUAGCCUUGGACGUUCUACUGGAAGGUUUGGAGGGUCUCUGCGUCAACUCGGAGACCUUGGGUACAGAAUUGGCUCAACUCGCGCCACAGGUGGCAGACCUGCUGGACCUCAGCGCCCUCUUGGCGAACCGGGCUGUUGUAAAUGCGGACAUCGCUUCUGGGAAGAUCCGUGUUAAGGACUUCUGACGUCAGCCACCCGAGUGAUUCCUUUUGCGGAAAUAUUUUUGUUAUUGUGGAAAUGAGAUCGAAAAAAGUGAGUGAUGAAUGUACAGCUGUUCUGCGAG